GUCGUCAUCACCACCACUGCAAACGCAUUAUGGCCGCCGCCGCUGUUGUGCAAGCCCCUCCCGUGCGCCCGGCGCUUCCCGCCGGACCACGACGUACCAAGUCGCCGCCGAAGCCACCGCUCAAGCCACCCGCCAAACCAACGGCCAUACCACCGGCCAAGUCGCCAGCGAGGCAGCCGCCGCUCGUGGUGACUCAGCAACCCGCCGCUGUAACGCUGCCACCUCCGGUACCCGGUCAGCCAAACGUCAAGCAGCCGGACGCUGUUCCACGGGUGCCCCAGCGCGAAGUGCCCGAAGGGGUGCAUCUCACGGCUCGGCCGAGCAUGACGCCAGAGAAGCUGCCGGACUUCGGCGACGUUCCGGUGGUGCUCACAUGUCCGCAGUGCUUCCGCCGGGUCACGACCAGGGUUGAACUCGAGAACGGACGCUUCGCGAAGUGCAUGGCCUGCUGCACCUGCCUUGUGUGCUGCUGGUGCUGCUUCUGGGUGCCCCUGUACGCGGACUACUUCAAGGACCUGUACCACGUGUGCCCGCAGUGCCACGGCAUCCUGUACGAGAGGAAGAAGAUGGGCUGAAGGCACAAGGGAGGUCCUGCGAGGACUGCCACUUUAUUCCACAGCUGUCUUCCCGUUUCCUUUAGAAGCUUAUGUCGUCUGGAAAACAGGCACAUAUACGCUAACCUCCCGUGUUAUCUCUGCGGGACGCUAUGGCGCUGUGAACCGUAACUUUAUGUUACGCUUUUCAGCCCACUCCUGUAGCCGACGACUUCGGAAAGCAGGUCGAUUGUUGGAGACAAUUACUUUUACAUUGGCAAACAUUUUCGUGUUCAAAAUGGAAAUUACGCUUUUAGCAUCGUCUUCACCAGGUCUUGCUGCAAUUAUCCUGGUGCACUCACAAUACACAAUAAGAAGGCUUGUGUCUUCUUAACUCCUUCAGA